AGCUGUAAUAAAGCCCAGUAGGGGGGGUAAACUUCUCCCGUUGACAAUUGAUAGAAGCUGCUCUCUUUGUUUUUCAUAAUUAUUCAAGAAUCAUUUGAUUUAUUGUUAUUAACAAAUAAAGUAACUUUAUAAAAAUAUUUGAUGAGGAAACCGGACAAUAUGGUUAGAAAGUUUCAGUGGAUUUUCUUAAAUUUUACGCAAUUUUGCUGCUCGUUUCAAUAUGGCGAUGGUUAGAUGCUUGGUGUCUCGAAGGUCUCCUCACUUAUUAUGAAUUUCGUGGCUUUCUUUUCUAUUUCGUUGUAUAAUUUUGAUAUAAAACCUUGAUGUUUAUAUGAUUCUCCGUAAGUGCAUACGAGUUACAUAAUUAUGAAGUUCUGCAUGUGAUAGACAAAGGAUUUCGUCCGAAGGUAGCUUUGCUUAGGUAGCUGGAUAGAUUUGGCAAUUACCGUCCUUCUAGUAAGUCAAAGCAGAAUUGCUGCCAAGAAGAAUUUCUUCUUAUUUUAUUUUACACCAACCAAAUUUAUAAAUAUUUCAUCAAACGGAACUGGAAUUUCCUUUGACAAAGUUAUUUAAGCACUAUAAUUUUUCAAUGUCACAAGAUAGAUAUAUCGAUCAUUACAAUGACUGUGUUAUCGCAUGAAUAUAAACAACACGUUUGAAUUAUUUAAUUCCUUUUGGAAGUUAAAUGAAUGAAAGAUAAUUUUUGUUAUAAUGUCAGGAACACCUGUUUGUGUUCCAUUUAAAGAAAGUAAUUCAAUCGAAAACAAUUAUCAAACAUAUUUGACAUAAUACUUUUGAGACUGUAAAUAAAAAAUAGUCUCAAUCGUUACGUAGACAAGAGGUAAUUUUAAUAAUUACCGAAUAAAUUUUACAUGCAACAAACUCUAUAAUUUAUCAAUUAUAAAAUUUAAACAAAAUGGCUGAAACACAGAGAAUGACUGUAUAUGGCAGACAUCCACCCUGUGCUAAUGGAAAUCGUUUAGAAGAACGCCGUGCUAGUUUUUAUUGCAGAUUAGCAUUAAGUUUAGAAAGGAAUCGAAAGUUAGAUAAGCAAGAAGACUUUGUGUGUUAUGAAUCAAGUGAUGAUGAAGCAGAAUCCAUAAAUGAAGGAAAACAAUUUUUAAGGACAUCUUUUAACUUUGUGGACUAUGUACGUGCUAGAGAAACAAAUACAAGAGAAGUGCGGAAAAUUAAUCAAGAAUAUGGAUUUCGCCAUAUAUUGACUCACGAAUUAUUUAAAGAAUAUUCAGUUAGUUUAAAUAAUAUGAAUAAAGUGUUUUGCUCUCAGUGGUUAAGUGAUAGACAAGUAGUAUUUGGUACAAAAUGCAACAAAUUGAUGGUUUACGAUGUAGCAACACAAAAAUUAGAUCAAAUACCAUCCCUACAUGGACGACAAAUUAAUUCUGGAGGUGCUGCUGUUCCUGAACAACAAUGUGGUAUACAUUCUGUUCAAAUUAAUCCUUCGAGGACACUUUUAUCAACUGGAGCAAGAAAUAGUAAUGAAAUUGCAAUAUAUAGGCUACCAACAUUAGAUCCGGUUUGUGUAGGAGAAGGUGCCCAUAGAGAUUGGGUUUUUGAUAUGUGUUGGCUAGAUGACGAAUUUUUAGUUUCUGGUUCUAGAGACACUAAAAUGGCUUUGUGGCGUAUUGAUAAUGAUCUUGCAGAAGCCCCUGACAAAGCAGACGUGCCUACUCACAGGUUAAUUCAACCAGUUUGUGUGAAAGAAUGCAGAUCAGCUCAAAGAGUACGAGCUCUUGCUUUCCAUAGGACAUACAAAGAAAUUGCUGCACUCACUUUGAAUAGCUUUAUACACAUUUGGUCUGCGGAAACAUUCAGACAAAAAAUUUCUAGAAAAUUACCAGUUUGUCAAGAGAAUGUUUGUCUUGCAGUGCAAGAUAAUGGUGUUUAUGCAGUGGGAUGUCGUUCUCAUACUUUAUUGUUAGACCCAAGAACAUUACAAAUUAUUAAGAAAGUACCGUCACGAUAUAGUGGUUGUGGAAUUAGGUCGGCCAGUUUCCAAGGUUCUGUUUUAACAAUAGGGACCGGUUUAGGAAUGCUGAUGUUUUAUGAUGUCAGAGCUCAAAAAUAUCUGGAAUCUUCAAUUAAUUCUAUAAGAACUGUUAUACUCAAAGCUUCUAAAGGAUAUGUGUUUCCGGAUGAAGAAUAUAUCGACGGAUUCCAAAAUGUGAGAUACACGCCUGCUAUAUAUACUCAUUGCUACGACGGAUCGGGUACACGGUUAUUUGCAGCUGGUGGACCCCUUCCUAUGAAUCUUUAUGGUAACUACGCAGGAUUAUGGCAAUAAAAUUUCAUCUGAAUUGAACAGCAUCAAUCUUUACGUAAAUAAUAAGUUGUACAUUUAAAUUGUCUGAAAUUUGUCUGAAGAGGUAUAUAUGCCUGUUCAUAUUGCUUUAAAAUCACUUCACUAUUCUAAACUUUAAUACGUUUGCAGGAAAUCUUCUUUUAUUUUUGUUAUAUAAUUAUAGAGUAUAUUGUGACUGAUAAUAUAACCAAAGUGUGAAAAAAUAGUUCAGACUAUUUUACAAAAUCAUGAUAUUCCUAAUUAUUAAACAAAUGAAAAUAUUUAUUCUUUGAUAACUAAUUUUGUUUUUGUUUGUAAUUAGUUAAUAUUUAAAUUGAAUUUCUUCAAAAACAAAACCUAUACCAAAAAUGUUUCGUUCCACAUUUCUAUUUAUUCUUUCUUAUAGAAUUGGCACUUUGUAAGUUGUAUUGUCAGAAGCUAGACACUCUAUUACAAUUUAACUAAAAAAAAGUAGUAGCACACAGAUCUAAAAUCAUAAGUUUCUAAUAACGAGAUUUUUUAAAUUUAAUACGAUAUUUAAACAUUUUUAUAUUUCAUAAAUAGAUAAGCAAGUAGAGAAGAUGAUAACAUAGGAAAAUCAAUUUUCAAGGUGUAUAUACCUCCAACACUUGACAUCUGGAGUGAAAGAAGUGAAAUAAUUGUUAUAUUUUUAUCAUUUAAAUCAUACAUAUAUAGUGAUGAACACAAAUUUCAUUUCAGUUUCAUUUUAAUGAACAAUCAUUAGCAUGUAUAUGUAUCAGUGUGAAUGAAAAUGGAAUUUGCAUGUAUUUAAAAUAUGUACUCGGUAAACGAUAUCAUGAUUUUACAUCACCAGUUCAUUAGAUAAAUGACAAAAUAAUUUCUAUCAUUAUGUAACAUAAAAUUUUGCACUCGCACUAGUUAUUGUAGGUAAAAUUUACCAAAAUAUUGAAUGAGGAUCUCUUUUAGAUUAUAACGAAAAUGACUUUUUAAGAAGUGAUAACGUAAAUUAUUAUUACUAUUAUUAUUAAUUAUUAUUAAUUAUUUCAAUCUUUAUCUCGCCUGCAUAUAGUGUGAUUUGUAAAAACUCCUUGAUAUUCCGUAUUCUAUAUCUUCAUUUGUCUAAAAAUUUAAAAAAUGUAAUCAACGAAUAACACUGCAAUGAACAUUAAGUUUUAUCAAAUACAAUCUAUAAUGUUAAAAUUUUAAUACUGGCCUUAGAAGAACAAUAUACAAUGAAUAUUUGUUAGACAACAUAUUUUAGGCAUUCGAGAUCUAUUACCAUCUUUUACCAUUUAUUUCUGUAUUACAUGGUACAAUAUCAAGCAUAUGGAAUUUUUAUUGAUGUUCAAACAAACAUUUUGAAUAUGUGUGAUGAUUGUUAAUAUUUUGUUACAUCAAAAAUUUAAAAAUAUAUAGUUUAUUACAGUUCAUUUCAUUUACUUAUCAAGAUUUUUUUGUUGAAUAUUGUCAUCAAUUUCAAAGAAUUGAAUAUAUUAAUUCUAAACUGUCAGUACUUGAAACACAUAAGUUCAAUGCAGAUAUUUUAAAUUGAAACAGUUUAACAUUGAUUGGAUUCCGUAUUCAUCAUGUGUUAUACAAUUUUAAGACGUUGAAGUAUUAAUGAAUGUAAGUCGUGCGCAUUUGCGAUAAGAGAUAAUGAUAUACAAAACCUGUGAUUGUAUAAAUACGUUUGCUGAAUGUAAUUGAGAAAAUUCAUUUUAACAAAUUUAUCUUUAACUAAUGAGAUAUUAUACUAUGCAUAAAUAAUGACGCAGAUUAUGUGGAAUUAUUUUCAAGUUUGAACUAUGAAAUUUAUAUUUGGUUCAGAAAAUGAAUUGUGCUUGAAUUUUUAGUACACUUAAAAGAUAAAAUUGACCAUUAUAUUUGCAACUAUGUUAAUGUACUAAAUUUGUUGAUGCAGUAAUAAUGCAAGUGCAUUUUUAAUAUUUAGGAUAGGGCAUUUUAAUGGACUAAAAACUUGUUGGCAUAUAAACAAUAAGUAUCUGGAUUAUCAACAUUACGAUGAAUAUAUGGUAACAAAGUAUAUUCUGUGUACUUAUAUAUUAAUGGAUUAUAACUUGUUCUCAUAUAUUCAUAACAUCAUUACAUUACAUAAUAAGUAAAAAUGCGUGUUGUAUCUACAAACUCGAGAAUAGACUGUAUAAAUAUGUAUGUGAUCGUACAUAAUGAAUGAGUACAUUGAACAUAUUUCAAUAUCGACUAUCGCAUGUACUUUUAGCAUAAACACUGCAAAAAGAAAAAAAUACUGCAAAAUAUCAAGAGUUUUGUUUAACAGUAAUUUUAUGAACUUUUGAUAUUUUUCGAAAACACAUACCUUUUAACAAUUGAGUUUCAUUCAUUGUUUUUAUACGAAACACUGUAAACAAUACCAAGUAAACUGUCAUUGAUACACAUUGUAUUAUAAUAUUCAUGUUGAAACGUUCUAACUUUCAUGCUAGUACAAUUUAAACAAGAAAAUCUAAGCGUUAUACAUUUUAUCUGGACUAAUGCAAUAUGAAAAGUAUAAAUAAAUAAUUUUUAUACUUAAAUAUACGUAUAAGUUAUAUAACAAUUUUGUACAAUUACAAUAGCAGCAUCACUUUGUCGUUAAAUACUUUAUUUAAUGUUAUUUUAUAUUAGGCAAUGUAUAAAAAAUUAUUUUAGACCAACUUCCAAAUAUUUAUGUUUAGAUUUUAUGAUUCUUUAUUUUUUCUUUUUUUUGUGAGAUGUGUUGUAUGUAUAAAGAAUAUCCUUUUUAUCAUUUAAAUAUAAUUGACCCUUUGGUUACGCAAAACUCUGUCAAGGAAUGCAAAUUAUAUAAUGUAUAAACACAUGAAGGUAAAAUAACAGCCGAAUAAGUUAUAAUAUUUUGUUUCAUUUAUUUCUAUGUAAAAGAUUAGAUUCAGAAAAGAUUUUCUGUAUUGAUUUUUUGUCUUGAAAUUUGAUGCAAUGGUAUCACUUUGGGGAUAUGUAGUAACUAAAGGGUUAAGUCUUUUAUAAUUAGUUUCCGUGUUUGUGUUCGUAUUUUAUUAGUAACAAAUUGUUACUACAAAGAUAAAGGGAUAUAUAGGUAAUUUGUUUUUUAAUUUCAAAAUUUGAAAUACAUUUCGAUUGUUAAGAAACAAUGCAAUUAAGAUAUGUACAAAAGAUGUUUGUAAAUCUCAGUCAUUCAAUGUUAGCUUGUUAUAUUCCGUCAGAGUAUUAUGUUAAUUGGUUGUAGAAAAGUAUAUAUCAAAUUUAAGUAAAAUUAAUUUUGAAAAGGAAAUACCGAAUGAUUUGCUGUAGUUUAAUUUGAUACUUCAGACUUUAUAUACCUUUUACAUAUAAUACUACUUGGACGGUAAACAAAGCUAUGUUGAUAACAUUGUAAUUCCGUUAAGUAGUCUGUGUAAAUAAAUAUACCAAAUCAUUUAUUGAAAAUUUAUAUAUUGAUCAUUUUAAUUCAGUUACGUGGGCAAAGUAAGUAAAAGGAUGUCGUACUUCUUAUCAAUAAUUUAUUAAUGGUAAAUUCAUACAUUUUAUUUAUUUCAUUGAGAAUCAUCACAAAUAACGUGUAAAGUGUGUAUAAUGUAUACAAAACACGCGUAAAUCGCGAUAUACUUGUAGUACAUGUAAUGCAAAUGUUUUCAAUUCGAUUAUUGAUGCUUAGCCAUGGUUAUAUUAGAUAUGUUUAUGUUCAAAACGUACCCAAGGCGCAAUAUAGGUAAAAACGACAGUCAUUUUCCCCUAUAAUGCACUCGUCGAUAUGUUGUAAAGUGUAGUUCUUGACGAGUGAAAGAUUAAUGCCUUUAAUAUGGAUUUUUUUCAGAGCGUGUAUUUCUAUUAGUGUGAUCGCAGCGAUAAAUUGCUUCUUUCACAUGGUCAUUACGUGGGGAUUAGUGAGAGCGUUUCUAUCGUCAUCACUAUGAGCCCAUUGUCGGGCAUAAAUAAGCUCAUUUUUCUUUUUGGUAUAGAUUGACAGUCCGUAUAUUCUAACACGCAAGUACCGUAAAUAAAUAUACAUUAAUCAUACAAUAUACAUUCUGAAAAUAAAUAGAGUAUUUCACAAUUAUUGCAUAAAUCAGUGAGCACUACUGUGGUAAUCGAUCCGAUCUCACGAGGAAUGUUAUGUCUGAACCGUUUCCUCGUACCGACAACAUAUUGUUAUUUUUUUUUACAGGCAAUUAUAAGUAACUGUUCCGUGAUAUCGUCCUCUAAAGUUGUAUUCGAGAAAGAUCACUUUUAAACCUUUCAUAAUCAUAAUAAUACAUCAGCAAGUUUAGGAUUUUCCAUCCAUUCUUUUCAGUAUGAUCGUGAGGUUAUGUUAAUAAAAAAAAUCAAAGAUGCCCAGCAUCUAAGGCCUUAUUUAUA